GCAACCUUCAUGGCGAGUUGGUUUGGUGGGUGCUCUCUUGGGCUUAUCAUUGGGAAUUCAUUUUGCACUUGCAUUGUUCGGGCACUCCAUGGGAUAUGCCUCGUUGGAAAUGUGGGGAGUCUACGGGAUAUGCCUCAGUACGUUUCAUCUCUUGGAGUUUUUUGUUACAGCUCUUUCGAAUCCAACCCAACUGUCCAGUGAUUCAUACUUGGUGAACCACUCCAGAGCUUACACUGGGGCACACCUCUUUGCUGCGAUGGAGUUUACAUUCAUGUUUACCUUCUUCCCGGGAUGCUUUAGUCUAAGGAUAUCCAUGUUGGGAGUAGUAAUGGUUGUGAUUGGGCAGUUUAUUAGAUCACUAGCGAUGGUGACAUGUGGUGAAUCGUUCAAUCACUUAAUACAGAUGGAGAGGAAAGAUAGCCAUGUCUUAGUGACCCGCGGUAUCUACAAAUACCUUCGGCACCCUAGUUAUGUGGGCUUUCAUUGGUGGUCCUUUGGCACCCAACUAAUAUUGAAUAACCCAAUCUCGGCAUGCCUUUUCUUUGCAGCAUCGCUUCGUUUCUUCUCAAAGCGUAUUCCAUACGAAGAGCGGUCGUUGCUGCAUCACUUCCCAGACGAGUAUAUGUGGU